AUGAGGACUUCUAAUUACCCUAAUCUUAAAGCAGUUCUAUAUCUAUCAGGGGGCUUUUUCUUAUAAUUUGUUGCAGUAACAUCUGCAAUUAGUGUUGUUUCAACUACAUUAAGAGAAUGUGGCUUUAAGAAUCUAGGAUUUUACAGUUUGGCAGUAAAUUAUCUUGUGUUUGGGCUUUGUUCAUUAGUAGCCCCACCUAUUAUUAGGAAAUUAAAACCUAUCUUAUCAAUGACUCUAGGAUCAGUAUGCUACGAUAUAUGGUUGAUAACUCUAUCCUUACCAGCAAUUUUGUUGAAGAGUGAAAAAUUGAAAUUGUAUUUUAGCUAUAAUCAAGUUGUAGCAAUAGUUUUAAUAGCUAGCAUUAUUAUGGGUUUUGGGUGUGCUUUAAUUUGGGUUGGAUAAGGCAAAUAUCUUUCAGAUUGUUCAAAAUACAAAAUUGAGAGAAAAGGAGUCUAUUCAAGCAUUUUCUGGUUUACAUUCUAUAUUUCCUCAAUUUUGUCGAGUAUUUUAGCUGCUUUAAUUUUAGGCUCUUAUCCAUAAGAAUAUCUCUACUUUAUAUGCUUUAUCAUAUCAGUUCUAUCAAAAGUUAUUUUGAUUUCACUCCCUAAAAUAUAAACUGAGGAGUAGGAUUAAUAACUAUUUUAAAAUAAUUAACCAGAACAAGUAGAUUUGGAUAUCCUUAAACUUAUUACUGAUAAAUAAAUGAUAGUGACUUACGGUGUAUUUUUGACUUCUGCGCUAUCUAAUGGAUUUAGAAUGUCUGGACUAUUUAGUUUUCUAACACUAACUCAAACUAAUGAAACUAUUCAGAAUCAAUUUAAAUAUGCGUCUUAUGCUUAAGCCCUAUUCGGGAUUGGUCAAGCUGCAGGAAGUGCACUUUUUGGCUAUUUAAGUGUGAAGCUUAAAAGUAAUUUCAAAUUGACUCAAGGAGCUAUAAUAGUACAUAUUAUUUCUUAUUCCUCAAUGAUAUGGUGUAAUGAACUUUAUAAAUUUGGAUUUUUAAGCUUUUGCGCAUGCUUCUUUUUAGGCAUCUAAGAUUCUUAUCUUUAAAAUCAAACUCAAGUGAUAAUGGGAGCUGAAUUCAAAUAAACCACAGAAGCCUUUGCUAUCUUCAGAUUAUUUAAUUCAGUUGGUGUAACAUUCAUCCUUUUAAUAAUAUCAAACUUGACAAAUUCUGAAAGAUUUAGACAAUUUAUUAUUGGAAGCUUAUUAUUUUCGAUUUUUUCCUAAAUUAUAAUGAUAAAGCUAUUUAAGUUUAGAUAGUAACAAGGAGAUAUAGCAUAGGAUAAUAAGAAUUAGGCUAUUGAGAGUCUUAUUUAAAAGUGUUGA